AUGUUAAACAAACGUCCCUGUGUGCAGCUCGCCGCUCUGCUGCCGGCUCAGCAGCAGCUCCUACUGCAGCAGGCUCAGGCUCAGCUCCUCGCCGCCGCCGUGCAACAGUCCAACGCUGCCCACGUCGCUCACGCUCAGGCUCAAGCCCAAGCUGCACACGCCGUACAGGCUGCCCACGCCCAGGCCCAGGCCCAGGCCCAGGCUCAGGCCCAGGCCCAACAGCAGGCCUCCCAGCAGCAGCAGACCAUCAAACAAGAGCCGCUCCAGGCCCCUCCUCAGAUCCUGUCUCAGCCCAUACAGCUCACAGCACAGGUAACCACCAUGCAGCUCACAGCUCAGGGAACCACCAUACAGCUCACAGCUCAGGGAACCACCAUACAGCUCAGGUAA